AUGCCACGAAAAUCCGACGUACAUUCCGAGAAGGACACUCCAGCGAAUAAUAAUAGCAAUAAUAGUUCCGCUGCUAGCGGGAAAGAGAAGGAGAAGGAUAAUGGUAUUUCUAUUGACGAUCACACACUCCCCAAAUCAAUUGUAACCCGGCUGGCAAAGGGAGUGCUCCCGCAAAACACAAACGUUCAGAAAGAUGCGAUACUGGCGUUAUCUAAGGGUGGAACAGUGUUCGUUAACUACCUCUGUGCAGCUGCAAACGGCCAAGCAAAACAACACGGCCGAAAAACCAUCAAUCCCAAGGACGUCCUCGAAGCAAUGGAGCAGCUAGAAUUCGGCGAGUUCCUACCGAGACUAGAGGCAGAGUUAGCUAGUUAG